GCCCGGGUUCCUAUUCGUUCUUGCCCCGCGGCUCCUCCUUCCUGCGGCUGCGCGUUGACGCGUCCAGCGCUGCGCCGGUCCAACAUGGCGUCGCCCGCGUCCGUCCGCGGGCUGGGGCUGCGGGUGCUCGCGUGCAGCCGGGAGCUGCCUGGCGCCUGGCGCGCCCUGCACACCUCCGCGGUCUGCGCCAAGAACCGGGCGGCGAGAGUCCGCGUGGCCAAGGGGGACAAGCCCGUGAGCUACGAGGAGGCGCACGCCCCGCACCACAUCGCGCACCGAAAGGGCUGGCUGUCGCUGCACACAGGUAACCUGGAUGGAGAAGAUCAUGCUGCAGAGAGAACACUGGAAGAUGUUUUCCUUCGGAAGUUCAUGUUGGGCACUUUUCCAGGCUGCCUGGCUGACCAGAUCGUUCUGAAGCGCCGGGCCAACCAGGUGGACAUCUGUGCCGUGGUCCUGAGGCAGCUGCCAGCACACAAAUUCUACUUUCUUGUGGGCUACAGUGAGACUCUGUUGUCACACUUGUACAAGUGUCCUGUGCGACUCCACCUUCAGACUGUGCCCUCCAAGGUCGUGUACAAGUACAUAUAAAAAGGUGCUCUUUCCUGCAUCAGGCUAGAGCCUGCAAAGACCCGGAGAAGUGAAAUGGAUCGGGGGAAAUGUCUGCUCUCAGAGGAUGGAGGCAUCAGCUCCAAGCUGCUGUUGAAUAAAGAAAGACCCUGCUAA